CCUCUCCACGUGCUCUGACUGUCAGUCACGUGAUCACAGGUGCCCCCGCGCCUUCUCCGCCCAGUCUUCUCAACUAACCACGGCGGCAUUAAAGAGUUUCGUGCAACAACGGACCUGCGCUAUCUAAUACAACAGACGAACGACGUACCUCGCCAACUCGAUAGGGAUCGUACUUUAACACACACACGGGGGAGGAACACGUCCAGCAAUACCUGUUACUUAAGGUCUGAAGUUUCGUGCAACAACGGACCUGCCAACUCAGCGCAAAGAGCACGGCGGGCGUCGGGGCACAUUACUGAACCAGAAACCUUGUGGGCGGCUUUGUUCAACUGGAACCGGCUUAGCUGUUUAAAAGACCUUGGGUAUCGUCAACAGCUCAUUUGGCAAAAUUGCGAUAACUGUCUCACAGGGAAAUUCUUUGGACCGUUAUUCACAGAUUUAAAAAAAAUGGACCAUAGGCAAGUCGGCUGGAUCGUAAUAGGUGUGAUUUUCUGUAUGUCUUUCACAGCGGAUAUUGUCCAAGGAAAAUGCAGAGGCAUGUGGUCGGAGAGACAUUCCUGUAGGGGAGGAAAUAAAAGGUCGGAAGGAGACGACUUAAACAUGUCAAAAUCAAGAAGUGCUAUAAAAUCUGCGUUCUUAAAGCAUCUAUUGAGCAAAAGUACAGCACCUGCCUCGCUAGUAAAGGAAUUCAUUCGCCAGAGAAGAGAGCAUAACCCAGAAAGCUACGAGACUGUCGGGCUGUCGGAAACUGACUCGCACAUUACCGAUGCGGAUUUAUUGAGGAUUUUGGACAGAUUAAGUCUCAGUGAAUAGAGUCAUGGAGCUGGAUCAGGAGAAUCUGUUAAUCUACGGAAGACGAGUAGGAUCAAUAAGGAUUGCAGAAAAUUUCCCGAAAUCCAAUUUCAAUCGAAUCAGUCUGUUUUGUUUAUUUCUCAACUACUGUCUCGAAAAAGAAAAGUCUUUUCAUCAUUUCAUCUGAAAUGAAAAAUUUGUCUUUGCUAUAAAAUAAGGUAAAAUGGCCACCAUACAAAGAGCUUUAGAAGUAUUCCUCCUAAAGGUGGAAAUAAACCGUUGCUAGUCUGAAACUCAGAUAUAUAUAUAUAUGUCAUUUGGACGACGUUAAGGGCGUCGCUGUCCGAUUGCGUCUCGAGAUGUGGCAAUAAAAUAUGGUGGCAUUUUAUUCCUCAUGUGAAAAUAUUAUAAUUUUGUCAACAAAAUGUUAUUCAACUUUUAUAGUUGAAAUAUUACACCACAGGGUCAAACGAUGAAUGUGCCGUUCCUGUUGCUGAGUUGUUUUCUUGUCAUAGUCACAAAAAGUGCUCCUGCCCGUCCUUUAGAACUAUGUAGUAGUUAUAUAGCCAUUUUGCCAAACGUAAUAAGGUUAUUUUUCAAUGCACCUAGGUUAAAUUCUUUCUGACUUUUUUGAUAUUGCUAUGGAAUUAUCGUUUUUGGACACUUAGUUAACAAAAAGUAAAACUUUUUUGUAAUGUACUGACAAAUACUGAAAAAGUAUUUGUGAGAUGUCUGGUUUUUGUGUUUUUCAAGCAACACAAUGGUGAAAGAAAUACAGUUAUAUAACGAGAAAGGAAUUGAAGGCGAAGAUAUUUCUUUUCCAAACCAUCAGAAUAAACGUUAGUAAACAUUCCAUAAUUCGAACUGAUUUUGGUGUUAUUUACAUUUAGGUUUAGUCAUUUAAGUCAAAGAGCCGAUCUUAUUAAAAGGUUUUCAGACAUCUUAGUAGCGCGAAGACAAAGCCGUGAUCUGGCCACUGCUCUGAAGAUUGUGGCCUGAUGUUAUAGUUACAUGUAUAUCAAGACUUAUUGAAAGUUCUGUAACUCUGUAACAAGCUUGUAAUUUUCAUUGCCUGUAAAAUUGUCAGCACUGGAAAAUACUGAAGAUCUCUUAAGUCUAAUGUCUCCUUGAAAAUGUGUCCAAAGUCUCUCCGAGCACAAGAACCUCUCCUGAGUAAAGGAAUUUC